AUGCGCUGUAUAGGCUCAACUCCCUCGUCGCAAUGUCGUGCAACGGCCGUGGCCUCGCUGCCUGCUCGUCGCUUCGCUUCGCGCGCACACCGCUCGCUCGCUAGCGUCGCACACAUCGCCUCGUGGCAACGCUGCGACUCGCGCCAAGCGACUCAUUUACGCGUUGCGCGGCCUGGGGCGGUGCGGGCGGCAGCGGACGAGGAGGUGGAGGAGGAGCUGAUGAUGAUCGAGGAGAGCGCGAUGGAGCGCAUGGAGAAGACACUGGACAGCGUGAGGGGCAACUUCAACACCGUCAGAACGGGGCGAGCCAGCCCCUCCCUCCUGGACCGCAUCGAGGUGGAGUAUUACGGCACAAACGUGAUUCUAAAGAGCAUCGCGCAGAUCGCUACGCCCGACGCCUCCAUGCUGCUCGUCACGCCCUUCGACAAAUCCAGCAUCCCAUCCAUCGAGAAGGCGAUCAUGAAGUCAGACGUGGGCCUUACGCCCUCGUCCGACGGCAACGUCAUCCGCCUCUCCAUCCCCCAGCUCACUGCCGAGCGCCGCAAGGAGCUGCUGAAGACGGUGUCAAAGCUGUCUGAAGAUGGCAAGGUGGCGCUGCGCAACGUGCGGAGGGACUCCAUCAAGGCCUAUGAGAAGCUGCAGAAGGAGAAGAAGAUCUCAGAGGAUGCUCUCAAGGACCUUUCAAAUGACAUCCAGAAGAUGACGGACGACUAUGUGAAGCAGAUCGAGACGGCCUUCAAGCAGAAGGAGAAGGACCUGCUCACGGUGUGA